AUCUCUGAUGUGAGGAAGUCAACCAGGAUUUGGGGCAGAGACUGGUUAGAUUUGCAUCCUAAAGCCAUGGACCAGGGGGCCAUGGUCACCUGAGGCCAGUGCAUUCUGUCCAGUUGCCCCCUGUCUCCUUGCCUACCUCCUCUCCCCUCCAGUGAAGGACUUGGCUUCAUCCGAGCCUCCCAGGAGAGCCUCAGCCUAUUAAACUCCCUCCCUCCCUGGAGCUGGGCCCCCGCCAUGCUCAAGCUGUGGAAGGUGGUCCGCCCAGCCCGGCAGCUGGAACUGCACCGCCUCAUCCUGCUGCUCAUCGCCUUCAGCCUGGGCUCCAUGGCCUUCCUGGCUUACUACGUGUCCACUAGCCCGAAGGCCAAGGAACCCUUGCCCCUGCCCUUGGGAGACUGUAGUAGCGGCGGGGCUGCGGGCCCCGCCCGCCCGCCAGUCCCGCCGAAGCCCCCCAGGCCUCCGGAAACUGCUCGAACUGAGCCCGUGGUGCUGGUAUUUGUGGAGAGCGCCUACUCCCAGCUAGGCCAGGAGAUCGUGGCCAUCCUGGAGUCCAGCCGUUUUCGUUACAGCACCGAGCUGGCGCCUGGCCGAGGGGACAUGCCGACCCUGACGGAUCAGACCCGUGGCCGCUAUAUCUUGGUCAUUUAUGAGAACCUGCUCAAGUAUGUCAACUUGGACGCGUGGAGUCGUGAACUGCUCGACAGAUACUGUGUGGAGUAUGGGGUAGGCAUCAUUGGCUUUUUCCGAGCCCACGAACACAGCCUUCUGAGUGCCCAGCUGAAGGGCUUUCCCCUGUUUCUCCACUCCAACGUGGGCCUUCGGGACUACCAAGUGAAUCCCUCGGCCCCUCUGCUGCACCUCACGCGCCCCAGCCGUCUGGAGCCUGGACCCCUGCCUGGUGAUGACUGGACCAUCUUCCAGUCUAAUCACAGCACGUAUGAACCAGUGCUUCUGGCCAGUCUUCGGCCAGCUGAGCCCCCUGUGCCGGCACCCGUGUCUCGCCGAGCCCGGCUUCCCACCGUGGUUCAAGACCUCGGGCUUCACGAUGGCAUCCAGCGAGUGCUCUUCGGCCAUGGCCUGGCCUUCUGGCUGCACAAGCUCGUUUUCGUCGACGCGGUUGCGUACCUCACUGGCAAGCGCCUCUGCCUGGACCUGGACCGCUAUAUCUUGGUGGACAUCGAUGACAUCUUCGUGGGCAAGGAGGGUACCCGCAUGAAGGUGGCUGAUGUGGAGGCUCUGUUGACCACCCAGAACAAACUCAGGAACCUAGUCCCCAACUUCACCUUCAACUUGGGCUUCUCUGGCAAGUUCUAUCAUACGGGGACAGAGGAGGAGGACGCAGGGGACGACAUGCUGCUGAAGCACCGCAGAGAGUUCUGGUGGUUCCCCCACAUGUGGAGCCACAUGCAGCCACAUCUGUUCCACAACCGCUCCGUUCUGGCCGACCAGAUGAGGCUCAACAAGCAGUUUGCUCUGGAACAUGGAAUCCCCACGGACCUGGGGUACGCUGUGGCUCCCCACCACUCGGGCGUGUACCCCAUCCACACACAGCUCUACGAGGCCUGGAAAUCUGUGUGGGGCAUCCAGGUGACCAGCACUGAGGAAUAUCCCCAUCUCCGCCCCGCACGCUACCGCCGAGGCUUCAUUCACAAUGGCAUUAUGGUGCUGCCACGGCAGACAUGUGGCCUCUUCACCCACACUAUCUUCUACAACGAGUAUCCUGGAGGUUCUCGGGAACUGGAUCGGAGCAUCCGAGGUGGAGAGCUCUUUCUGACGGUGCUGCUCAACCCGAUCAGCAUCUUUAUGACCCAUCUGUCCAAUUACGGAAAUGACCGGCUGGGCCUGUACACCUUUGAGAGCCUGGUGCGCUUCCUCCAGUGCUGGACCAGACUACGCCUACAGACGCUCCCUCCCGUCCCUCUCGCACGAAAGUACUUUGACCUCUUCCCUCAAGAGCGAAGCCCUCUGUGGCAGAAUCCCUGUGAUGACAAGAGGCACAAAGAUAUUUGGUCUAAGGAGAAAACCUGUGAUCGGCUCCCCAAGUUCCUCAUCGUGGGACCCCAGAAGACCGGGACAACCGCUGUUCACUUCUUCCUGAGCCUGCACCCCGCUGUGACUGGCAGCUUCCCGAGCCCCAGCACCUUUGAGGAGAUUCAGUUCUUCAAUGGUCCGAAUUACCACAAGGGCAUUGACUGGUACAUGGACUUCUUCCCUGUCCCUUCAAAUGCCAGCACCGACUUCCUGUUUGAAAAAAGUGCCACCUACUUUGACUCAGAGGUUGUGCCACGGCGGGGAGCUGCCCUCUUGCCCCGAGCCAAAAUCAUCACUGUGCUCAUCAAUCCUGCUGACAGGGCCUACUCCUGGUACCAGCACCAGCGAGCACAUGGAGAUCCCACUGCUCUGAACCACACUUUCUAUGAGGUGGUUUCAGCCUCCUCUCAGGCCCCACUGGCACUUCGCUCCCUGCAGAGCCGCUGUCUUGUCCCUGGCUACUAUUCUACCCACUUACAACGCUGGCUUACUUACUACCCUUCCGGACAGCUGCUGAUUGUGGAUGGCCAAGAGCUGCGUAACAACCCAGCCGCCUCAAUGGAGAGUAUCCAGAAGUUCCUGGGUAUCACACCCUUUCUCAACUACACACGGACCCUCAGGUUUGAUGAAGAGAAAGGAUUCUGGUGCCAGGGACUUGAAGGUGGUAAGACUCGCUGUCUAGGCAAAAGCAAAGGCCGGAAGUACCCGGAUAUGGAUACUGACUCCCGCCUUUUCCUUACGGAUUUUUUCCGGAACCAUAAUUUGGACCUGUCGAAGUUGCUGAGUCGGCUUGGCCAGCCAGUGCCCUCGUGGCUUCAGGAAGAACUACAGCAUUCCAGUCUGGGCUGAGGUCCUGGGCUUCUCUUCCAGCAAAAGCCUCCCUGCUUCCCUAAGGGGCAGCCCAGAACAGGGCCCACGGGGGAAUGAGAGGCCUGGCCCCUCCCCCUCUACCUCAGUGACCCGCCCCCAUAGGCCUGGGACGGCUGAGAAGGGAAGGGCAUCCCUUUCCGCUAGCCUUGGGGUCCGGAACCCCACAUCAUGGUACUAAGCACCUCUAAACCGUGGUCUAGGAAGGUGGGGAGGAACGCAACGAUCCAGGCAGGGUAAGAGGAAUGUAUUAACCCAGUGAUUUCCCUCAUGAGCCGCACCAGUGUAUGCCUGGCUUAGAGGGACCCUUGGUUGGGGGGAUCAGUGGGAUCUACCUGUGGCCCGGCCUCCUAAUGUCAUUCACAUUGAAUGGGAUGAGGUCGGACAGUGGCUCCGAGAGCUGAGUAUGAGCCCUCGCCGUGGGCCAGAAUGUCCUUAAUAAACAUCCUUAUUUUUC